AUGGAAGCAGUACCUUUCAUAGGGAACCAGUAUUCUCCUUUUCUCUCACAGAUUAACUAAGGAAGUUUAACUGAAGAGCUCUUCUUGCAAAAGCCCUGGACCCUUUUCUCCCAGGCACCUUUCUCAAGAGACUAGAGGGAGUAUUUUCACAUCUGUUAUUUGCUUAUGCUACUGAGAAGCAGCCGCAUCCCAAAAGGUUCAGAGCCCGUGCCUCAUUUGGUUAUAUCUGUAAACAUUAAACAUCUUAGCACGAAUCACAGCUGUAUUUCUCGCACUCCGGGAGCGGCGCAGCCCCCGUCGGUCGCGGGGACGGUUACAAGCAGAGCUAAGGCGCGGUUGCGGGCGGGCUGGGUGGCGUGGCGAGCGGGGCGCCGCUUCGGCGGGAGCUCGGGGCGAGCCCCGGCGGGUUCCGUGUCCUGCGGGCGCGGCUUUCGCGCCGCGGCUCUCUCUGUGCGCUUUUUUGUUUGGUCGCGUUUGUUUUUUGGGGUUUUUUUGGCGGGAUUCCCGCGAAACGCGGCACGACCGCUCGCCCGGGGCUGCCGCGGCGGGUCUCAGUGGCGCCGUCCUGUGGGCAAAGCGCGGUACUGCACCCGGCCGACCCAACGCGGUGCCGCGGCGCGCCUCGGUGCUGCCGCCCUGUGGCGAAACUCGGGUACUGCAGCGCCCGGCAAGGGGGGGGGCAGAGACGCCGAUCGAGCCGCGGGGGUUCGCGGUCGGGUCUGUGCGUGCCGGUGUCCGUCCCCCCCGACGGGGGUCAGGUCCCCAUUGGCGUGCAAACGACAUCCCUCCCUCGAUGCCUCCUUAAACGUUUAAUGACGUAAAUAUUGCUCCUGCUAACGUUGUCGGCGCGGCUUCUUUCCUCAGGGGAUCCGUCCGGCAGUCGGUGGCCCACGGUUGCUCGGCAACAGCAGAAGCGGAUUGAAGGGACCGGCCGCUGGAGGAUGCCGAAGCCUCCCGGGUCAGCGAUGGGAGCAGCUUUGCGUAAAGCGAGGGGUACGUGAAGCCGGGCGUGCGGUGCCGACCGCCCAGCAGACGCCUGUCCCUGUUUUCUCUUCCCGCUUUUGAAGAGAAGCUGCCGAGUUAGCGUACGCUGCGGUGAAGUUCUACAAGAUGCAGCCCUCAGGAACCGGUUGACGUGAGGGAAAUGCUUUCUGACCGCCUGCGCGGUGAGGGGACGUUUUUCACCUUUUAGCUCCUUCUGCACGACAAGAGGGAGACGGAAGGUUAAGUAACACGUUGUUUAGGAGCUGAGAGCUUAGUUUGUAUUUAACUAAUAAUUAAGAGACGUGUUGUCAGCGAGAAACUAAACGAUUUUAACUAACCUCAUCAAAUGAAGUAAAGACAGGAAAGACAGGCGUGGUGGUGGAGUUGCUCUCUAUGUGAGAGAGCAGCUACAGUGUACUAAAUUCUGCCCAGGAGCGGAUGAGGAGCGAGUUGAGAGUGUAUGGGUCAGGAUCAAGGGGCAGGCUGGCAGGGGUGACACUGCUGUGGGCGUCUGUUGCAGGCCACCAGAUCAGGCUGAGGAAGCUGAUGAGGCCUUCUAUGGGCAGCUGAGAGCGGCCUCACGGUCACAGGCCCUGGUUGUUGUGGGGGAUUUUAAGUUCCCUGGUGUUUGCUGGAAGGACCGUUCAGCCAGCCAGCCACAGUCCAGGAGGUUCCUGCCGUGCAUCGGUGAGAACCGCCUCAUGCAGGUGGUGGAGGAGCCGACUGGGAGAGGUGCACUGCUGGAUCUCAUCCUCGCUAGCAAGGAGGGUCUGGUCGAAGCAGUAAAGGUUGAGGGCUGCCUGGGCUGCAGUGACCACGAGAAGGUGGAGUUCAGCAUCUUGGGUGGCAGGAACAGAAUAGCAAGUGCGGAGAGAAAUCCCAUCAGAGUUCCAGACCCGAGCGGACGGAGGAAGAAAUGCAGCCAACUCAAUAUGAGUGAUAAAGCAUACUUCAACUUUAUUGCCCGAGAUAGCGUGCAUUUAUACCAAAUACCAUAAUUACGCAUACUUGUCUCUAUCUAAUAGGCUAAGCACAUUUACUUACUCCACCUACUUGGGUUUAGCUAGCUAUGCGCAUCCCACAUUCUUCUGACUCUUAUCUCUUCAAGGAUAUCCUGACCCUGCCUUAGUUAGUACUUUUCCGUUCCCCCCUUUCCCACGGCCUAAUAGACAAGCUAACUAAGGCCUACUUAUGUUAACUAAAAUGGGCUCUGCUCGUACAGUUGCUUGGUGGACUCAUGUCUGUGCUCCUUGAGCCAAUCCCUGACAUCUCCCCCCUUUUCUUUUAUUAAUGAGCAGAGCCUGCCCAAGUGUCUGCUCUAAAAUCUUCUUAAUACAUGAUAUAGCACAACUCAAGCAUAUUAAUGCAACUACUACUAUGAUUAAGAGAGCCAGAGCACUCUGCAAAAGCCCUUUUACCCAUCCUCCUAGUCCAAACCAGUUCGUGAGGCCCUCUAAGCCAAAGAGGCCCACAUCCUCUCUGAUCUUCUGUGAAUGGUCCGUAAGUUGUUUAAUCUCCUCGUGGAUGGAUCUCGACUUAUUCUGUAAAUCCAUACAGCACAUUCCGUCAAAUUCCUCACAUCCAUGGCCAUGGGCUAAUAACAAAAGUCUCCUGUGACUGUAUUCUGCAGUGUAGCAUGUCUUACAGAAUCUACAUCUAACAAAAGUCCACUUAAAGCCUUAGAAGUUCUGUUUAUUUGCUUAACUAGCCAGCAUCCUAAUUUUUCUAAAGUAUUUAAAGCUUUAGUUGUGCCAACACUAGAUACAAGAGAUCCUAAAACCCUUAACCCUGAUCCUCAAUAAUCUACAUUAUCAUCACAUUUUGACUCAUAUACACGCAAAAAGUGUUUUUCUUGUCUUGCUCUUCUGUGAUCUAUUAUCAUAGAUACAUUGGGCGUUAAGAGAGUUAAUAGUCCCAAAAUACACAGUCCUCCAACAGCAUUAGAAGGAAUUCCCGGUCAGGCUCUAUCUUCACAGAUCAAGAAUACACCAUACAGGAGGUUUGAGGGUCGCUGUCAAUGACAUUCCUUGCAUUCUUCUGUGAAGCAUUACACCGUUGAGUUUCAUUUCUGUAGUCACCAAGGGUAGCAUUAACAUUUUGUAGUUUUGUCCAUUCAUGUUCUUGUAUACUGUUCUGACACUUUUCACAAACCGGCUGAAUACAAGCAUCCAUGGGCAUAGAUGCCAGCAAUUCCAGUUCCUGUGGUUCGAUGUCUGCUUCCAGGUGGCAAUUAAUCCAAAGUGCCGUGUUAGUAUUAUUACAGUUCGUUGCAAUGCCUCUGCAUCAACCACUAUUUGAAACAGUCGUGUGAUGUUGCUGUAGUCAUCAAGGAAGACAUCAACCAAGCAUGUGUGGAACGUUUUUUCCAGAGACAUCGUAGUUAGGCAUAUAGAUGGUCAGUCAUGUUGGCUAAAGUAAUCCACAUGUUAGUCUUUGUCUGUGCAGGCAUCCAAAACACAGCAGCUGCAACAAUCAUUGUCAGGAAGAUAACACAGGUUUCACGUUUCGUGCUGGCAACCAUUGCAGCUCUUGAUCUGUAAAAACAUAAGCAUAACCUCUCCCCCAGGUUAUCAAUUGGUGUGGCCUUUUCCAUUGAACGUUAACUAGUGAUUUGACCAUAACUAAUGCAGGUUCUUUCUGAUUUAGCAUGGUUUUGGGUCAUAGUUACAAAGUGUUUCAUAGACAAAUCUGUAAGUCCAAUCAAAUGCAGUCAUCCUGUAAAGUUGUCAUAAAUUCAUCCCUCAAAGUUUCUAACUCCAUUUUGGCUGUCAUAUUUAUUGGAUAUUGUUUUCCCUUACCGGAUUGAAGUCCUGUUUCAGAUUUCUCAGUGUAGUAUUUGCUUUAUCAAAAACAUUGGCUGUUAAUACUAGUGGAAAUACAGCAUUCAAAAGUUCCUUGAAGAUUUCUCACUUGCACAAGCAGAUCUGCACCAUCCAAGCACCUUCUUAUAGGAUAUGCAACUAAACAGAAUUCUCAGAAAAUGUUAUUUGAGCUUACAAUUUACUUAACAAAUCCUGACCCAAGAGAGGUAUAGGACUUUUAGGCAAAUACAAGAAUUCAUGUAUUAAAACUUUGUUCCAAAUCUGGCAUUCCGUUUGUCUCAAAAAACGGCCUUUCUUUCGUUGUCUCCCAUGCCCUCAAAAACUAGCAUGGUGAAUUUACUAAGAAGUCUUGUACAAUUAAUUACCAUAGGAUAAGUCUAUCAAUAAAUUUUUGGUUUAAUUGUCCAGUUUCAUUAGAACUACGGGUCUGCUCAGGAUGCCUUUAAACUUCACCCUCGGACGGCUCCAUUCAGUAUUACAUCGCUGCAGUGGGGGGAGAGAGAACCCCCCUUUCUCUGCUUUAAAAGCGGGCAGCCAGGUUUUUCCAGUUGUUUUUUCUUUCUGUGCAGUGUAGAUAUAACCAAGGUCACGCAGCUGGCACACGGGCUGGUACGAAGUAGGAGGCUCUGGGAAACUUCUCAGUUACAAUGAGCUGCACACAGGCCUGGGAUAUUUUGCUCUUUUGUUUUCCCAUUUCAUUUCAGCCAUAAUACACUUUAUAUGCAAUUUCAAGUAGCUCAGCAAUAGUCACAUUCCUUAGCUCCAUUUACCUUUUACAAUUUAGAGAUGUCAAAAAACAGUAUAAACCAGUAUAAUAAACAUAAAUCCAUUAUUCUAUUGUCCUAGAUCCAAAUCAGUUCACAUUCCAGCAACCUUUACAUACAACUUCAUAACUUCAUACAAUACCCCAAGUUCACAUCUAUCAUAGUAUUUUAACAAUUUAAAUGCUUUUCUAACAAUAUAAGCGAUUACUUUAAUGUGUAAGGAUGCAUCCUAAGGGGGAGCAAGGUGGAAUUUUAGCAGUGGAACCGGUUCCCAUUUUGUAAUUAUCUCCCCAAACAAGAUUCUUUUGGUACCGAAUAUGAAUAUACAAACUAAAAUACUGAGCUCAGAUACGAAAACCAUAUACCAAGUUCAAAUAAGCAGAUGGAUCACACUGACACCAAUUUAAGACAAUAUCUCAAUUUUUUGCAUUGCACCUUGAACCGCUCACUGCUCAGCCAGGUGGAGAUACCUCUGGGUCUCCCUGACAAAAUGGGUCAGUGCGCGCUGGAGGCCCAUUUGGCAUCCGCCCCCCCCGCAGCAAGCUGGACUGGGCAAGGCCUUUUUUUUUAUAGUGUCUCAUCUGGUGUGCUACAACUGUUAUUCUAAAACUAUGAUUCUUCACUUGAUGUGCAUACAAAAAGGCCAAAUUUAGUGCACCGAGAUGAGAGACAGCCUGUCACAGAGUUGCGCAAGUCUGGAUAUUGGAAUAAAGCUAGUACGCUAGAAAAAAAAAUAUAACAGCUACUACACAUAAAAUCUUAACAUCACGUUCACGCAGUAAGGAACUAAAUUACUCAUGAUCUUUUAUACUAUCACAAAACGCACCUUUUGAAUCAACCAAUUUUCAUGAAUCUCUGUGAACCUACUGUACCAUAUAACAAAGACCUACCAAAAUUGCAACAUGCUUAAACAGAUACCCACAAAGAAAACAGGCUAAUAAGGAAAACAUUGUGCAGACUUCGGCAAGUUUACUGUGACCUGCAUGUUAUCAGUUAACUCUCUCUCAGCUGUCUGAAAUGAUUUAAUGAUCUCUUGUAGGGAUUUAUUUUGUCUUACUCUUCUCGCCCUAAAAACAACAUUAAUUGCAAUAAGGUGUUAUACUUCAAGAUUCUAUUCCCCGGACACUUUUCCCAAUCAUUUAACUUAUACAGCAGCCACCAUUAAUUACAAUAUUUUACAAGAUCUUCUUUCCUCAUAUUUCCAAGUACUUCCCUAUGUUUUAAAACACCUCCCAAUACCGAUUUUUUAUCAACACGACUGAAAACAGUAAUUUCUGACCCCACGGAAAAGCACAGGGCUGCUUGCAGCGUGAGUGGGAAAAGUGGAGAGAAAGUUUUACGGUGCACUUAUACACAAAGAAACAAUUCUAACAACAACCAGUAAAACAAUUAACUCACAUUCCUGACAAGCUGCUUGACUUUCAGAGAGGCAAUAAACAGCAGCACAUAAUAUGCACUGUAAAACUCGCAAAUAACAUGUUGAUAGCAAACUUUAGCAUUCUCUACUGCCAAUUCCAAAACCAGUGCUUCCUUAACUUUUAAGUUUUAUACCCUGAGUCCCCAGAAGCACCCCCUUUCCCGUCACGAUUAUCAUGACCACAUUGCUGACUGUCAGAUUCACUUGCUGUUAACUGAUCUAAUCUGUCACACAGUUCUGUUGUCCAGUUCUAUUUUCAGUGACUUCUUCUGUUCUCUUGUGGAAGUUAGAGGGUUAAAAUGCAGGAAAAGCAGAUUGGUAAAAUUGGUAAAAGAACUGAUAGUACACUUGUUUACGACUUUAGCAUUCUCAGCUUUCACAGGUUCUUUGAGUAAGUUGUCUGACACCAAUCCUCUGGACUUGCUGUUCUCACCAGGGUUAGAUGAUGGUACAGGAGGCUGACCGUUUGGCAUUGUUCCUCCCCCCGCCCCGGACUGCUGAACCAUUGGGGGUGCCGGAAGCACAGCAGGGGAUUGCAUAGGGAGGGUAUCGCAGACACAAACCGGGUGAAUUUCACCGCAACUUUCAGGAUACUUAUCAGGCUGCAACGCUGCAAAAAUUCUGGCAGCAGCAGACCGUUCAAGCUUCCAUGUAGUUACUAAUGAUUUAGCUUCUGUAUCUCCAUUGCUGACUUUAUCCCAUAAUUUCUGCUCUAUACUGUCCCAAAGUUCAAGUUUUGAGUCACUAAUGCUCGUAACAGUCUUUUCAUGUUUUAAUUGCUUCACUGUAGUAUUUAUCAGUUUCCAGAUGGUUACAAGGCCGAGAAUAUAUCUUUCGCGGUGACUAAUUGCCUUCCACAACACAGUUCCCAUCUUUUUCCAAGUCUCUAUUUGAAAAACUCCUGACAGGUCAGCAGGAUACCUAUUGCCUCUGCACCAAGUUAAUAGUCUUUUAAGGUUCUUCACUGAUAACGCAGAUAUGCCCGUUUCCAUCGGCGGAGCGGAAGGCUCCAUUUUGCCAAGUUUCUGUGAAACUACCGUGGCUAAAUUCUUUUCCACUUUAUGACGCUUAAUAUUAUUAAUUACUUCCCUCCACGGUUUCAUCAGUUUCUUAGCUGUUUUAUCCUCGUCUAUGACCAUAUCCCACAACACAUCCCCCAAUUUCCUCCACUCUCCUUCAUCAAACAAUAAAUCAGGAUCCUGAAAACACCCCUUAGUUUUCCCCGUUGCUACUAGACCAGCUAGCUGUUUAACGCAACUAUAAUCAACCCCUCACUUUUCUAAAAAGCUUUGUAAUAAAUCUAGGGCUACGUCUAAAUCCAUUUCUCUGUUAUUCAUCAUUUUAAUCCGUUUCUCUGUUAUUCAUCAUUUUAAUCCGUUUCUCCAUUAUUCAUCAUUUUAAUCCGUUUCUUCGUUAUUCAUCAUCUUAAUCUAUUUCUCUGUUAUUUAUCACCUUAAUCUAUUUCUCCGUUAUUCAUCAUUUUAAUCUAUUUCCCCGUUAUUCAUCACUAUAGUACGGUACCUCUUGCUAAAUUAAGAGACCUCUUGCAGCCCUUGUUUCCUGUAGCCCAGCACUGGCGAACUUCAGUCGGUUCAGGCUUCGGAGUCGACACACCGCAGCACAGUGUUCGGUCGCUCUUGCCCGCCGGUCGCUGCUCUCCCGGCGCCUUUUGCUUCUAUCCGCCGCUUCAAGUCCCUGUUCGGGCGCCAGUUGCGGAGAGAAAUCCCAUCAGAGUUCCAGACCCGAGCGGACGGAGGAAGAAAUGCAGCCAACUCAAUAUGAGUGAUAAAGCAUACUUCAACUUUAUUGCCCGAGAUAGCGUGCAUUUAUACCAAAUACCAUAAUUACGCAUACUUGUCUCUAUCUAAUAGGCUAAGCACAUUUACUUACUCCACCUACUUGGGUUUAGCUAGCUAUGCGCAUCCCACAUUCUUCUGACUCUUAUCUCUUCAAGGAUAUCCUGACCCUGCCUUAGUUAGUACUUUUCCGUUCCCCCCUUUCCCACGGCCUAAUAGACAAGCUAACUAAGGCCUACUUAUGUCAACUAAAAUGGGCUCUGCUCGUACAGUUGCUUGGUGGACUCAUGUCUGUGCUCCUUGAGCCAAUCCCCGACAAGCAAGUAGAAUUGCAGCCCUGGACUUUAGCAGGGCCAACUUUGGCCUUUUCAAGCAAUUGCUGGGGGAAAUCCCACGGGCAAGACUGCUUGAAGGAAAAGGGGCCCAAGAUAGCUGGAUUGCAUUCAGAGAUUGCUUCUUCCACACUCAGGAUCAGAGCAUCCCCACACGAAGGGAGUCAAGGAAGGGAGCCAGGAGGCCUGCGUGGUUGAACAGGGAUCUGUUGGGUGUGCUCAAGCAGAAGAGGAGAGUUUGCAGGUCAUGGAGGCAGGGGCUGGCCACUUGGGAGGAAUAUAGGGCUGCUGUUAGAGGAUGCAGGAAGGCAGCUAGGAUAGCCAAGGCCCCCUAGAAUUACAGCUGGCGAGAGGGGUCAAGGACAGCAAAAAGAACUUUUUCAAAUACAUAGCAGAUAAAACUAACACCAGAGGUAAUGUAGGCCCACUGAUGAACGGGGUGGGUGCCCUGGUGGCAGAAGAUACAGAGGAGGCAGAAUUCCUGAAUGCCUUCUUUGUCUCUGUCUACUCUGCCGGAGGCCGUCCUGGGGAGCCCUGUACCCCUGAGACCCCGGAUGAAGCCAGGUCAGUGGAGGAGUUUGCUUUAGUCGAUGAGGACUGGGUUAGGGAGCAAUUAAAUAGUCUGGACAUCCAUAAAUCCACGGGUCCAGACGGGAUGCACCCGCGGGUGCUGAGGGAGCCGGCUGAAGUCACUGCUGGACCGCUCUCCGUCAUCUUUGCCAAGUCUUGGGAAACGGGGGAGGUGCCCGAGGACUGGAGGAAAGCAAAUGUCACUGCAGUCUUCAAAAAGGGCAAGAAGGAGGACCCGGGUAAUUACAGACCGGUCAGCCUCACCUCUGUCCCUGGGAAAGUAAUGGAACAGCUUCUCCUUGGUGCCAUCUCAAGGCAUAUCAAGGAUAAGGGGGUUAUUAGGGGCAGUCAGCAUGGCUUUACCAAGGGUAAGUCGUGCUUGACCAACCUCAUAGCCUUUUAUGAGAAUGUAACAAGGUGGAUGGACGAUGGCAGAGCGGUGGAUGUGGUCUAUACCUUGACUUCAGCAAAGCCUUUGACACAGUCUCCCACAGCAUCCUCACAGCUCAGUUGAGGAGGUGUGGUCUGGACAACAGAGCAGUGAGGUGGGUUGCAAACUGGCUUAAGGAGAGAAGCCAGAGAGCGGUAGUCAAUGGUGCGGAGUCCAGCUGGAGGCCAGUAUCCAGUGCAGUGCCUCAGGGGUCAGCGCUGGGGCCAAUGUUAUUCAGUAUAUUCAUUAACGAUUUGGACGAGGGAAUAGAGUGCACUAUCAGCAAGUUUGCUGAUGACACUAAGCUGGGAGGGGUGGCUGACACGCCAGAAGGCUGUGCUGCCAUCCAGAGACCUGGACAGGCUGGAGAGUUGGGCGGGGAAUAACCUGAUGAAAUUUGACAAGGGCAAGUGUAGAGUCCUGCACCUGGGCAGGAACAACCCCAGGUUCCAGUAUAGGUUGGGAAAUUACGUAUUAGAGAGCAGUGUAGAGGAAAGGGACCUGGGGGUCCUGGUGGACAACAGGAUGACCAUGAGCCAGCACUGGCCCUUGUGGCCAGGAAGGCCAAUGGUACCUGGGGUGUGUUACAAGGGGGGUGGUUAGUAGAUCGAGAGAGGUCCUCCUUCCCCUCUGCUCCGCCCUGGUGAGACCACAUCUGGAAUAUUGUGUCCAGUUCUGGGCCCCUCAGUUCCAGAAGGACAGGGAACUGCUGGAGAGGGUCCAGCGUAGGGCAACAAAGAUGAUUAAGGGAGUGGAGCAUCUCCCUUAUGAAGAAAGGCUGAGGGAGCUGGGGCUCUUUAGUUUGGAGAAGAGGAGACUAAGGGGGGACCUUAUCAAUAUUUAUAAAUAUAUAAAGGGUGAGUGCCAUGAGGAUGGAGCCAGGCUCUUCUCGGUGGCAAACAACGAUAGGACAAGGGGUAAAGGGAUCAAGCUGGAACACAAGAGGUUCCGCUUAAAUUUGAGAAGAAACUUCUUCUCAGUGAGGGUGGCAGAGCCUGGAACAGGCUGCCCAGGGAGGUUGCGGAGCCUCCUUCUCUGGAGACAUUCAAAACCCGCCUGGACGUGCUCCUGUGCGACCUCACCUGGGCGUUCCUGCUCCAUGGGGGAUUGGACUGGAUGAUCUUUUGAGGUCCCUUCCCGUCCCAAACAUACUGUGAUACUGUGAAGAAUGCGGCUUAGCAGCACUGCUGACUCUGCCGUCCCGUUCCCUUCCCCGUUUCAGCCGGCGAGGCGGCCGGAGGACCCGCUCUGUGCGGCCGCGGGGCCCGCGGAGUCGAGGGCUCUGUCGGCGCGCCCCGGGGGUUUCUCUGGAGAGACUCCUCGUCUCGGUCGCGUCGCGGCGGGGACGGACGAGGACCUCUGGCGAGGGGUCUUUCUGCGCUGGGAGCCGGGACCGGGCACGCGCUCGCGGGGCGUCCGUAAGUCGCGGUACGGAAUUUAGGCAGGAUAGCGCGCACGGGCUUGCGAGCGCCUUACAGGCGUGCGGUGGUUGCUCGUGCGGCCAGCUUUUGGUGUCGGUUGUUCCGGCGCUCCGUCACGGUGUAGAGCCGGCCCCGUACGUAGCGGUGAGGCGUACCGCAGUUCGGUUUGAUUCUCGGAUAGGCCUCGGCUCUGACUGUGCACUCGAACGCCAAAACCUACAGCGGAAGCUGCGGUGGCUUUAGCGUGCAAGGGGCGCGAGCGCCGUGAAGCCGCCCGUGUGGCCGAGCGUCCCGAUCGCGGCGCUGAGCGUUAGACGGACUUGAGCCGCGUGCCGGAAUUGUUUUGUUUUGGAGAGGGCGGGAUAAACUUGGAGCACAACUUGUGAGGGCGGUACGUCGUGGGCAGGUUUUAGUAUUGCCUGUGGAGUGCCGCUAGAAGCGUUCGUAGUUCUUGCUUGUCUCUGUUACAAGAUGAGCCGUGUCGUCCUGCGUGACGCGUAACGGGAGGACGGCGUAGUAGCGGUGCUCUGCACAAGAGCCCGUUAGGGGGUAUUUUAGCUCGCGGGAAAGGGAUUGGGGAACCACCUGGUGGUAAUGCGAGGAGAGCAGCCCUGGCGGAAUCUGAGGAGCCGAGGCCGUUGUAUAAAUUGGACAAGGAAGGAAAGGCUGCGGGCACAGCGCGGUGCUGCACCCGGCCGCCCCAACGCGGUGCCGCGGCGCGCCUCGGUGCUGCCGCCCUGUGGCGAAACUCGGGUACUGCAGCGCACGGCAAGGGGGGGGGCAGAGACGCCGAUCGAGCCGCGGGGGUUCGCGGUCGGGUCUGUGCGUGCCGGUGUCCGUCCCCCCCGACGGGGGUCAGGUCCCCAUUGGUGUGUAGACGACACCCCUCCCUCGAUGGCUCCUUAGGAGGGUUAAUCCCAGUCCUCGUUCUUUUGGCAGCGGUGGGUCUGUGACCUCGUGGGAAGCCCAGGCUGCUGCACAGAGCUCGUCGGGAGAGGGAGCCGUGGAGGCGGGGGGCCUCGACGAGCCAGAGCUGCGGCAGACGGAGGGGGCGCGCGUGCUGCCCGGGGGCCGCGUCCGGCGGAGCCGAAGUGACCUGCGGCGGCAACGAGCGGGAGCCGCUCGGAGCUGGAGCGGCCGUUGGCCGCGCUUUCCCUGGGGAGGUGAGCGCGGGGAGCCCGGCCUCUCUCUCCCUCGGGGAUUAAACCCGCGCCCGUCCGCGCCCUUCCCGGGGGCGGCGGCGAGGCGGGUCCCCCGGCUCUCCCGGGGCGGCCCCGCUGCCGGGGGGCGCGGGCGAGGCGGCGGCAGCGCCUCCUCGGUGCCGGGGGGCGGAGGGGAGAGAGACCUGCCGGCCGGAGCCGCGGGGCGCGCGGCCCCUCGGGCAGGGCGCUCCCGGUCUCUGGGCCACAGGCCGUGGGCGGCAGACGGGUUCAGGUGCUCUGGCCUGCUUUUUAGCCAGCGUGGCCUUCUCCGCGCCGUGAAGAAAAUCCCGCGCGGUCGAUUCCGCUCGCCGCUCGGGAGAUGCCGCGUCUCCGGGGCCGUGGACUGGGGAAGAACGUUUGCGAGUUGGAGGGCGCUACAAGAUAUUCCGCGGGGAAGCCGGAGAAGAGGCAAAUUGGCUGCCAGUGGAGUUGCGUUCCUUCGGUUUAGGACGUUCAGCUUGUCCUUCCAGAGAAGGAGCAGUCGUGGGUAGGGCCGAGAGAGGCUUUUAAGCGCGUGAUCGGAAUUGGAGCCAAAUGGCACUCGACGUUGCCGCUGUGGGUCUUGGCUUUCAGUGGUUUCCCCGCGGCUGCCUGGUGUUGGGGAGCUCGGAGCGGGCAUUUUUUCCCCCCAAGGAGAGGCUGUGCUUGAAACAGAACUUGCUUGAAGAAGACAGACGAGGCGGGUGAGGAUGCAGAGCGGGCCAAUCAGAUCGCUCGGGAGGGCUGGAGGGGCGGAGCGCCGAUAGGCGGGGAGAAUGGCAAUUGUUGUGCGUAGGCAGCCAAUGAGGUUGCCGGGGGGGGCGGGCGUUGCGGUCUGUGUACUGCGCAUGCCCAAAUGGUGCAGUCCUCAGUCAGGUCCGACGCUGAGGCGGGCACCUGGGCGCGGAACGCGGGAAGGAGCAUCCAAUAGGAGGACGGCGCGGCGGGGUGGAAAGCAGCCAAUCAGAGCGCGCCGUCUCAAUCCCGUUUGAACAGCUGCCUCCCUGGCAAACGCGUCCGUGGGGUCUCGGGGCGGGUAGCGGGAGUUAACGGGGAAACGGGGGUCGGGGCGAGGGAGGGGAGGCUGUGGAGCGCUUAUUUUGGCCUCUCCGUCCCUUUUACCUCUCUCUCCCUCUCUCUGUGUCACCUUGUCUUGCUCCCUGUCCCUGUCUUUCUGUGAUAAGCUGAUCUGCUCUUUGCCCUUCUUUUUUUUUGUGGAAUCACAGGCUCCUUCUGUUUGGAAAAGACACGUGCAAUUUUAAAUUUGGGUUUGAAUUCUAGGCUUUUUUUUCCCCAUUAGCCUGGGGAUGCAGAGCGGGCCAAUCAGAUGGCGCGGGAGGGCUGGAGGGCUGGAGGAGCGGAGCGCUGGUUGGCUGCCUAGGCACGUCAGUUACCAUUCUGUCUGCCUAUCAGAUUGCCAGAGGGGCGGGCGUCGAGGGCUGGGUACUGCGCAUGCCCUAAAGCGCGAGCGCUGAUAGGCGGAGAGAUGCUGAUUGGCGUGCCGCCCGCAGCCAAUGAUGUUGCCGAAGAGGCGGGCGUUGCGGUGUCCCUACUGCGCAUGCCCCACUGGCGAGCGCUGAUAGGCGGCGAGAGAGGUGAUUGACGUGUCCCGGGGAGCCAACCGGGUUGAAGAAAAGGGGCGGGUGCAGCGGUCUCCCUAGUGCGCAUGCCCAAUCCGCGAGCGCUGAUAGGCGGCGAGAGAGGUGAUUGACGUGUCCCAGGGAGCCAACCGGGAUGCGGCAAGGGGCGGGAGCUGCGGUCUCCCUAGUGCGCAUGCCCAAAGCGCGAGCGCUGAUAGGUCCGCGGUGUCUCGGGGCCGGUGCCGGGGGGGAGACCGGGAGCGAACGGGAACGGGGGUCGGGGCGGCUGCGGAGCGCUCGCUGCGGCCGGCGCCCGGGCAUCGGGAGGCGGGCGGCUCAGGGUCGCCCUUCGUGAGGUUUCCCGGAGGCGGCAGAAGGGCGGAGGGGAAGGAGGCGACAGCCGGGGACCUCCCGCCGCGGGCGUCUCCGGGGCGCGGCGGCUGUCGGUGCCCGCGGAGCCCGGCGGGACGGCGGGGGAGCGCGAGGGGAACGGAGCGGCGAAAGAGGCGGCAGGGGAUCCGUCCGGCAGUCGGUGGCCCACGGUUGCUCGGCAACAGCAGAAGCGGAUUGAAGGGACCGGCCGCUGGAGGAUGCCGAAGCCUCCCGGGUCAGCGAUGGGAGCAGCUUUGCGUAAAGCGAGGGGUACGUGAAGCCGGGCGUGCGGUGCCGACCGCGCAGCAGGUAAGGGAAGCUAAAGCUUUACCUCCAGGGACUUCUGCCCAGAAAGCUGAAGCAAUUGCUCUCGCGUGAGCUGUAGAGUUACGCAAAGAGAAGAAGAUUAGUAGCUGCACUGAUUCGAUGCAGGUUUCUUGAACGGUGCGGGCCCUUGAAGCCGUUUGAAAAGAAUAAAGUGUAUUAACGGCACAAGGGAGGCAGAUUAAACGUGAUGCUCCGGUUGCUGGAAGCUGUGCUGUUGCUAGGAGAGUUGCCGUCACGCGUUGCAACGGGCCUCAGAAGGGAAACGCUGCUCAGGAAACUGGCCAUAAAUUGGCAGGCGCCGCUGUAAAACCAGCCACCGAAAGGACAGAGACCGGUACAGAAGCCGCGUCUCUGAGCCCAGGUGGCCGUGUCCUCCAGCCAACGUUGGGAAACUGUAACAAAGAGGAUAAGCAAUUAAUAGGAGAUUUAUAGCCCGAUCAGAAUUAGGGUCCAAAGGAGCCGUCACCGGCGACGGGAGAGCAGCGGCGCCUCGCGGCGCGAGGAGCUGAAGCGCUCUGUCGAGAUCGGACGAACAGACGCCUGUCCCUGUUUUCUCUUCCCGCUUUUGAAGAGAAGCUGCCGAGUCAGCGUACGCUGCGGUGAAGUUCUACAAGAUGCAGCCCUCAGGAACCGGUUGACGUGAGGGAAAUGCUUUCUGACCGCCUGCGCGGUGAGGGGACGUUUUUCACCUUUUAGCUCCUUCUGCAGGACAAGAGGGAGACGGAAGGUUAAGUAACACGUUGUUUAGGAGCUGAGAGCUUGGUUUGUAUCUAACUAAUAAUUAAGAGAAUUGUUGUCAGCGAGAAACUAAACGAUUACAACUAACCUCAUCAAAUGGAAGUCGAGAAUGCGGCUUAGCAGCGCUGCUGACUCUGCCGUCCCGUUCCCUUCCCCGUUUCAGCCGGGGAGGCGGCCGGAGGACCCGCUCUGUGCGGCCGCGGGGCCCGCGGAGUCGAGGGCUCUGUCGGCGCGCCCCGGGGGUUUCUCUGGAGAGACUCCUCGUCUCGGUCGCGUCGCGGCGGGGACGGACGAGGACCUCUGGCGAGGGGUCUUUCUGCGCUGGGAGCCGGGACCGGGCACGCGCUCGCGGGGCGUCCGUAAGUCGCGAGGGGGAGCUGUGCAGGAGGAGAAAUUUCUCCCUGUCCGUUGCAGAGAAAACAGAAUAAUCCCACAUCAAAGCUGUCCUAGAGAAGUACUUGCUGUUUGUCAUUGCGGUUCUAGAGCAGCCCGAUGUGCUGUUAAAGGUUGUGGUGGUGCGGGUCAGGGAUCCCCAGGCUGUGCCGAGACCGCAGGACGGCUGCUGGUGGAACAAAGUCAAGGACAACUUCUCAGAUGUUUUAGAGACGGAUUCUUGCAGGAUCUAUUUCUGGUUCGUCCUUCACUCCUCCCCAGACCGCAGCGCUGGUCCGAGUUCCCCAGCACACGUGUGUGUGUCCAGCCGGGUGCGCUGGGGGAGCGCGUCAGGGCGGGCAGACGGCUGAAUGGACGCGCUGUCAGCGACUGCGGAACGAGCUGGGGCUGCUUUGACCGUGUCCAGCCUUCUUUCUCUCCCCUCCACCCCUACCCUGCUGCGUUCAGUGCAGUGAAUGACCGUGAGGAGAUGGCUGUGGAUCUGGCUGUUGAAGGGUGUGUGAAGGAGAAGGAGGUGUGUGUAGAGCAGGAUUGGUGGUGGAGUGUGACUCUGUGCAGGUUUGAAAGGUGCAACGUGCAGAGCUCCCUCAUUUGCCACCAGAUCUCCCAAUCACAGAGACAGCGUCGCUGUGCAGCUGCUAAGGACAGCGCGUCUCGUGCAGAACAGCAUCCUUUGUGCUCUGUGUGCGUGUUCCUCCUUUGAAAUGAAGUUGGGCCGCCCGGUGUUCCACGUUACGUGUGGUACCUGCUGGGCUGAGUCUCCUCCCCGCGCUCCGGUCGGUUCCGUCGCGCUGCCGCAGCCCCGGCAGCACCGCGGCGUUCGCUGGACGCGUUGUUGGCGGAGCCGGCACCGACAAUCUUGACACGUCGAGGCGCUGCGGUGGGUUUGCCUGGAAAUUCCAAGGUAAUUCCAAGGCAGACAGUAAUAAUCCCCAAUUUAUGUAGUAAAAUUUAAGAGUGGAAUAUAAAUGCUGGAGCACUAAUUGGAAGUAAUACCUGUAGAGAAAAAAACCUCUAGUUUAUAUCUACAAUAAAAAAUAAUGUGUGCUAGUAAAUCCGCCUGGUAGUAAUGUAAUGAUAAAAAUGUUAAAGUGUAAAUAGAUGAAAUUAUAUAGACAUGAGCAAGAAGUAAAUUUAAUUUCAGCUAUUACUUGGUGAAGUAGGCAGCAGUUGUUCCCAAUCUGAAUGCUAGUUUAAAAAACACAUUGUUUGGAAUUCCUUUUAAAUGAUAAAGGCAGAAAACUAAUGUGGAGUCAUUGGUAGCUUCAUUUGAACAACCGUUAUGAAAUAAACCGCAGACACAAAUGACUGCAUAGGAAACAAAGUGAGGAAGCUUUAGAUUUUAAACAGCAUUGGAAAGUGAUCGGGAGUGUUUAGUAUUUAAAUUAUAACAGAGCCAUGAGAUGGGAGGCAACAAAGCUCAGAACCAAACAGAGUCAAAACGUUACAUUUCUUUUUUUAAAGAGAAGUAUAAAGGAACCACGAAGUAGUGGCUGUUUAUAAACAGAGGUAUUAAAAAGUUCCCAGGCAGUAAUGAUUCCCAACAGAACACUAAAAGAUACUUAGAUGUAAAAUAAUAUUAGAAAACAGUUAUGACAGUCUGAAUUUAACCACAGCUUUUUUGGGGUUGUGCAAAAACAUGACCGCUAUUAAUUACCUCUGAGUUAAAAUAAAAAGACAUCAAACUAGAUGUGAUUAACAACAGCUAAUUUUAAUUUUUCAGUGUGCUAUCCAGUCCGGCUUCUCCCUCCAAGGGCGUGGUCUGAGAAAGCCACACCCCCAACUCCCCCCCGUCCAAGCUCCGCCCCUGCCAGUCUGUGCCCUCCCCGAGGCGCGUGUCCCUUACAGACCCCUCCCAGCAGCAUAAUGCCUCGAAGCCCCGCCCGCGGCUCCACCCCUAAACUCAGCCCCUGCUAAACCACGCCCCCUCAGAGCACGUGCUGUACAGAGCCCACCCUACUCUCGGCUCCACCCCUCCCUUCCUAAGCUACGCCCUCUUUGGGCGUGUCCUUCUCCCUACCCCAAGCGGCUCCUCCUAUGGGGGUGUGACACACGGAGGCCCCACCCCCUGCCCAGUUCCCCCAGGUGGGCCUCCCAAUGGGCGUGUCCUCCCAGUCCACGCCCCUCAGCACAGAUCCCACCCCCGUGGGUGGGGCUACACCCAGCUGCGCGCGCGGCGCCCCCACCCAUACGUGACCCUAAGUAACCCCAUGGCAGCCCUAUGGCUGCCCCACAGGUACCGCUACAGCAGCCCUGCUCCUGCCCCGCAAGAGCUCCAGACACGCCUCUGCAGAGCCCCCACAGCAGCCACUUCAGUGCCCCACAGCUAUCACCACAGCCGCCCCAUUCCGCCCCACGGCCGCCGCUGCGGGACCCCUGGAGCCCCCGGCCCCACACCCGCCCCGCAGCCCCACAGCGCGCGGUCUCGCAGCCGCGGUGCCGGUGAAGCCACGUGCCGGCCGCGGCCGGAGGAGCCGCCGGUUUUCCCCCCCGCACCCCCCGAUCGCUGCUGCCGCGGCUGGAGGAGCCGCCGGUUUCCCCCCCUCACACGCCCCGAUCGCUGCUGCUGCCGCGGCCAGAGGAGCCGCCGGUUUUGCCCCCACAUCCCCCGAUCGCUGCUGCUGCCACGGCCGGAGGAGCCGCCGGUUUUCCGCCCAGCCCCGACUCUCCUCCUUCCUCCUCAAUCGCCGCUGCAUGCCGCCACGAUGUCUUCUCUUCCGCCAUCUUGUUUCCCCCUUCUGCUCUCAUUCGCUAUUUUAUACCGAGGGAGGGAGGAGGCGCUCGCUGAUUGGCUGACAGUGUCAGCCUCGGAAGUCGUCCAUUGGCUCAUCCCCACGAGGGAUUCUCCGAGGGGGUGGGAGAAAGGCGCUGAUUGGUCACCGUGUCGCUGAGGGGAGGAAGUCACUGAUUGGUCACUUUCCGCCGAAGUUCGCCCUCCCAGUAACAGGCGCUGAUUCGCUAGCGCCCCUGAGGUAGAAAAGGCGCUGAUUGGUCGGCGUUUUCUCGCCGACGUUAGCCCACAGCAACGAAGCGCUGAUUGGGCAGCGCGGCUGACGGGCCGGCUCGGCCAUUGGCAGGAGGGCGGGCGGGGGGCGGGACCGGGCGGGACAACGAGGUAAUAAAUGGGGCGGCGCAGAACGCGCGCAGGACCAGAAAGGCGGAGGCGGCAGCGGCAGCGCGAGCUCAUCGCCCCCCCCCCCCCCCCGCGGCGGGAAACCGGAGAACGGCAGGAACGGCGGCCGGAAUCAGUUAACGGGGCGGGUCAGGGCGGUAAUUAUCGUGCGGGUGUUAAUUGGGGCUCGGCGGGUUAAUGAGUGACCGGCGGGCUGGGGUGUAUCCGGGGGUUUUGAUCGGAACUGGGGUUUUAAAGCCGCGGGUUUGUGGGGGGGGGGGCGAUUAAGGCUCCCGGAGCCGCUUUAGCGGCUUAAAUCGUUGUGUUGAACGCGGGAGGAGCCGGUUCGGGGCUUUUCUCAGCAAGCGGGGCUGGUUUGGGUCUAAUUCGGCUUUUAAAAGAUGUUUUUACGUAAUUUUUGGGUGCCGAUUUGUGCCAGAAGGCGCCUUUGAAGCCUGUUUAUUGAGGGUUUAUCAGGAGAAUUAAAGUUUAAAGCUCGGGGAGAUUUGGGGCUUUUCCCCGGGAUUUUGAGUCCAAAUCGGUUUUUUUAGAGCCCUUAUUUAUUUAAAUUGUUAUGUUUAAAGGGUUUAUUUGAGGUUUUAUUUGGAACAUUUUGGGCGGGUUUGAGGCUCCUAAGAUUUAAUUGUUGGUUUAUUAUUUGAUUUAUUAUUUCACUGCGGUGCGGGGCUUCUGAAGACGCUGAGUUGUUUCAAUUAUUUAGCGCUGUGAGGACCCGUUUUGGGGCCGUUGGGGUCUAAAUCGGCUUUUUGAAAGGUUUAUUUAACGCGUUUAAAGUUUGAGGGGCCGAUUUGCGACUUUAAAGCUUUUUGAAUCUACUUAUUGAUAAGAAUUUAUACAAUAGAUUAAUAUUUAAAGCCCGGGGGGAGAUUUGGGGCUGUUUCCCAGGAUUGCGAGUCCAAAUGCGUUUUUUUCUGUUAACCGCUUAUUAAUUUAAAUUAUUAUAUUUAAACGGGGCUUUUUGAGGUUUUAUGAGGGUUUUUUUGAGCAUUUUGGGCGGUUCUGAGGCUCCUAAAGCCGCUUAAUUGUUUAAAUUAUUAAUUGUUAAAAUAAUGUAAGUAGUUGUUGAAAUAAGUGUGUAAGUUAUUGUAUUUAAAGCCGGGAGGGGCAUUUCGUUGCUUUUUGGGGGGUUUUAGGGCUGAAUUCACUUCAUUGAACGUGUCUAGAGCUGGGGGUCCCAGAUCUGGUGCUGAUUUGGCCCCAAAAAAAGCUUUAAAAUCUAUUUAUUUAUAUAAUUUACUGAAUUAAUAUUUAAGCGGGAACAUGUUCGGCUUUUUUAACCCGCCGCCAUUUUGUCUCCCCCGUCCCGCUCUCCCUCACGCUGAGGGGGCCGAGGAGACGCUCGCUGAUUGGCCGGUGCCGUCUGGCGGGAAAGCCUCCCCCGGCUCAGCCCCGCUCGGCUGUCUCCGAGGGAGAGAAAGGCGCUGAUUGGUCGCUGCCUCUGAGGAGAGAAAGGCGCUGAUUGGUCGCCGCCUCCCUAAACCCACCUCCUGCGCAGAGAACAGCGAAGGCAGCCUGGCCACGCCCCCUCCGGCUGACCGUGCGUGCCCCCCCCCGCAACUCGGCUGACCGCGUGCCCCCCCCAACUCCGGCUGACUGUGCCCCCCCGCCCCCCGGCUGAUCCCGUGCCCCCCCCACUGCACUCCUGCUGACUGUGCGCCCCCCCCACCUCCUCCGGCUGGCCACAUCUCCACUGCACACCAUGGCGGGGAUGGGGCGGGGGGGGAUCACAAGGGUCUAUGGGGCGGUGUGGGGGUCAGGGCGGCUGUGGGGUCAAUGGGGUUGUUGUGGGGUGAAACACCCCUGAAGAGGCUGAACACCCUGCAGGUGAGUGACCCACACAGUGCCCCACAGUGCCCCAUAGCACCUCCAUUCUGCCCUACGGAUCUACAACACUGCCCCACAGCACCCUAUAUCUCCUGCUUGCUAUCCCACAGCACCCCAUGGCUUCUCCACUCUGCCCCAUAUGUCUACAGCAGUGCCACAGAGUACCUCAUAUGUCUUCCACUCUGCCCCAUGGGUGCAGAGUGCUGCCCUACAGCACCCUAUAGCUCCUGUACUCUGCCCCACAGAUCCACAGUGCUGUCCCACAGCACCCUAUAGCUCAUCUGGCCUAUAGACCCACUGUACUGCCCUACAAUGCCCCAUGGCUCCUACACUCUGCCCCAUAGACCCACAACACUGCCUCACAACACCCCAUUGCUCCUGCACUCUGCUCCAUGGAUGCCCAGUACUGCCCAACAGCACCAUAUAGGUCCUGUACUCUGCCCCAUACAUCCACAGGAGUGCCCCCCAGCACCCUAUGGCUCCUGCAUUCUGACCCAUGGAUGCCCAGUACUGCCCCACAGCACCAUAUAGGUCCUGUACUCUGCCCCAUACAUCCACAGGAGUGCCCCCCAGCACCCCAUGGCUCCUGCACUCUGCCCCAUGGAUGCCCAGUACUGCCCCACAGCACCGUAUAGCUCCUCUACUCUGCCCCAUACAUCCACAGGAGUGCCCCCCAGCACCCCAUUGUGACUCUACUCUUCCCCAUAGACCCACAGUGCUGCCGCACAGGACUCUACUCUGCCCCUUAGACCCAGAGAGCUGCCCCACAGCAGCCUGUAGGUGCUGCGUUCUGCCCCAUUGGUGCAAAGUGCUGCCCCACAGCGCCCCACACCUCUGUCCACCUGACCACCCUUCCCUCCUGACUGCGCCUGCACUGCCCACUAUGGGUGGGUCACAAGGGUCUAUGGGGCGGUGUGGGGGUCAGGGGGGCUGUGGGGUCAAUGGGGUUGUUGUGGUGUGAAACACCCCUGAAGAGGCUGAACCCCCUACAGGUGAGUGACCCACACAGUGACCCACAGCAGCCCAUAGCCCCUCUGCCCUAUAGAGUCACUGCACCCCAUAGCUGCUUUUACUCUGCCCCAUAAAUGGACAGCAGUGCUCCACAGCACCCUAAGUCUCCACUGUGCCCCAUAGACACACAGUGCUGUCCCACAGCACCCCAUAUCUUGUUCACUCUGCCCUAUAGACCCACAGUGUAACCCUACAGCACCCCAUAGAUCCUCUGCCCUAUAGAUCAACAGCACUGUCCCAGAAAACACCAUAGCUUCUUCCCACUAGCCCAUAGGCCAGCAAUUCUGCCCUACAGCGCACUAGCUCCUGCACCCUGCCCCAUAGACCCACAGCAGUGCCCCACAGAUCCAGUCUGCCCUAUACAGCCACAGCACUGCUCUGCAGCACCAUAUACUUCCAGCACUCUGGCCCAUUGAUAUGUAGCACCCCACAGCUGCUGCAUUCUGCCCAUAGAUCGACGUUCCUGGGUCCCCUCACCCCACCAGCUGUCCUGGGUUGCGAUGCUGCACGGGGCCCUGUGCACAACAAAAUGAGGACAGCAUGGCUGCUGGGCGCCACCCUGCUUGGAAUCCAAGAUGGCUGGGGGGGGAGGGCUGGCAGCCAUGCUGGCACUGCCGGAGGGGCUGUUGGUCUGCGCCGAGCUCAGGCGGCAGCUCCCGGCUGUAUCGGCUGCUCCUGUGGCCCUGCACCCUGCCCAUGGGAACAAGGUGGCUGCCCUGAUGGGCGUGGCCAUCUCGGCUGCUGUGUCCCUGCUGGUGGGCGGGGCCAUGGCUGUCAUGGCUGCCAAGCCUGUGCUGGAAGGGUGGGGCUGAGGUGGGCGGUGCCUGCCUAGGGUGGCCAUUUUGGGGUGGGGCCCAAGGUGGGUGGUGGGGCCUGUGGCUCUGUUUACCCCUGACGGCCAUCUUGGAAAAGGGCAGCGCUGUGCCGCUGCCAUCCUGACGUUGCUCCCCCAGGGCCAUGUUGGGGGAUUUUUAACCUGGUUUUGGGGCCAAUUCUCACCCAAUAAAAUUAAAUAAUGUAAAAAAACCUUAA